CGACUUUCAAAAGCGGGCCAAUAUGACCGUAUCUAGCAAUGAUUAUUGGUCAAGGCGUACCGAGCAUCUGGCUGUGCAACUUCUCUUAUCUAUUCUAGGUCUUUCUUUUGUCGUCCCUCGGCUAUGUGUUCGUUUUCUAAAACCCCAUACCCAUGGAUGGGAUGACUUCCUCAUGGUGGUCAAUCUGGUCUGACAUAUCCUACCUCAUGAGAAUACCAUAUUUACUAGCUCUGGAUCUUAUUGUUGUACAAUGCACUUGAAACUUGGU